AUGUACCUCGGUGCCAAGAGCCAGGAUGGUGUCCGUCAUCCCACGCGGGAGCUCCCCCGCGAGUCGUCCUUCUGGAAAUCCCUGACAACGGGGACAUGUGAGCUGUUAAAUGGGGGCUGA